ACUACUACUAUUAUUCCUAGAGAAAUUCUUGAGGAAAAGUGGAAAAUUGUUGCACAUCUUUUUCAUGAGUUGUUGGCAGUUGGGUCAUUUCAUCUACUGCUUUUGGAACAUACAUGUUGUGAUUUUCCAUUUUUAAUCUCUCAGUGGGUCACAAAGAAAAAACACCUAAAGUAAAAAACCCCCCCAAGGCCACACUUGUUUGUUCAUACCUCAUACAAACAAAGACUAGAGCAAGAGAGAGAAAAACAAAACAAGAAAGAAAAACCCACCCUUCCAAAGCAAAAGCAAAAGAGCUAGAGAAAGAGAGAGAGAGAGAGAGAGAGAGAGAGAGAAAAGAGAAAACAGAGCAAAUCAAGGAGGAAGAAGAAAGGGUUUAGAGAGAGAGAGAGAGAGAGAGAGAGAGAAAGAUGAUGCAAGCAACGCAGAGGCAGGCGAGUGAUGUACAGCAGCAACAGGCGCUGGUCCCAACGGGGCAACUCAGUGGAACUGUGAGUUUCAACGGAACCCUAACGAAAGAAGACGAGGAGAUGUCCAAAUCGGCGCUGUCUACGUUCAGGGCUAAGGAGGAGGAGAUAGAGAAGAAGAAAUUGGAGGUGAGAGAGAGGGUUCAGGCUCAGCUGGGUCGCAUCGAAGAAGAAACCAGACGUUUAUCGACCAUUCGCGAGGAGCUGGAGGGGCUCGCGGAUCCAAUGAAGAAAGAAGUCUCACUCGUUCGGAAGAAGAUUGACGCAGUCAACAAGGAGUUAAAGCCUCUGGGGCUGAAUUGCCAGAAGAAGGAAAAAGAGUAUAAAGAUGCUCUUGAUGCUUUCAAUGACAAGAACAAGGAGAAAGUCCAGAUGAUUACCAGAUUGAUGGAGGUGCUUCAUCUGGUGGGUGAAAGCGAGAAGUUGAGGAUGAAGAAGCUGGAGGAGCUGAGCAAGAGCAUAGAGAUUACACGCUAAAAGAUUGAUUGCUGAAUCUCUAUGAUAAAUUAGGUUUGUGUGAUUGUAUUUAAGAGGAUUCCAUUUGUUUACAUAUGUGGGUGAUCUUGGGUUUGCUGCAUUUUUAUUUUUAUUUUUUAAUGGUUUUCUUGUUCGUUUCAAUUAGAUUUUAUUGGAGCAUUUUCUGAAUUAGACAGGGAGAAAAAUACCAUAUAAACAGGUUUGUAACUAAACAGGUCUCAAGUUUGUAUUUUGUUUCUCAUUUUUUCGUCACUUACAUUCCAACUCAGCAUCCUCAUGAACUCUGUAAGAUAUCGGUGUGCUCUUUUGUUUUUUAGAAAUAACAUUUUCUCAGUGAUUUUGCAUUUA